CUGUGGAGGGGCAUCACUCCUCCCCUUUCUUGGUAGGUACUUAACCGCUUCAUCUUACAUCCGAACAACACGACCUCUGUCUUCAUCGCCGGUUUUCCUUCAGCCUUUUCUUCAACCUAACCAAAACUUUCGUCGCUUAUCAAAAUGGAUCGCAUCAAGGAGAAAAUGAACCAGCUCCGCCUGGAGGCCGACGAGGCCAGCGGCAAGGUUGAGGAGCUCCAGAGCAAGGUUAAGGUUCUCGAGCAAGAGAAUCUGUCAAAGGAGCAGGAAAUCACCUCCCUUCAGCACAAGAACAACCUUCUCGAGGGCGAGGUCGAGAAGCUCGAGAACGCCGUUAAGGACUUCAAGAAGGCCGCCGACGAGGGCCAGCAGCACGGAACUCAGAACGAGACCCUUCAGCGAAGGCUGCAACUCCUCGAGGAGGAGGCCGAGGAUGCCGACAAGACACUCCGUGAGGCCAACGAGAAGCUCCGACAGACCGACGUCAAGGCCGGACACUUCGAGCGAAAGGUGCAAGCUCUUGAGAACGAGCGUGACCAGUGGGAGUCCAAGUACGAGGAGAUGUCGCAGAAGUACAACGCUCUCCAGAAGGAGCUGGAAGAGCUCCAGGCCGAGAUUGGCAACAUCUAA